AAUUGUGUAAAUAAAAAGACUAGUUUUCCCAUGCCUCAGAAAUUGCGUAAUUUUUCAUGAUCUCCGUUUCGUCAUAAAUUCUAUCUCUUUUGCUUCAUCAGUUCAUAUUUUCAUAAUUACAUCACCAGCUUUAAUCAUAGGAAAAGAUCAUGUCGCUGUUUACUCAAAUUAUUCGGCCGUCUUCCAGGCUUUUUCGUAGUUUCCAGGCGACCGGUCUCCCACACUGCCAGCUACGAUUGCUUUCAUCGGAGCUGAAAGAGCGGAUCGACGGGCUAGUUCAGGGGAAGAAGGUAGUCGUGUUUAUGAAGGGUGUUCCAGAGCAGCCGCAGUGUGGAUUCAGCAAUGCUGUUGUACAGAUCUUGAGGAUGCAUGGAGUGGACAGCUAUGAAAGUCAUAACAUCUUAGAGGAUGAUGACCUGCGGCAAGGUAUCAAGGAAUACUCAGAAUGGCCGACAAUCCCUCAGAUUUAUUUGGAUGGUGAGUUUGUAGGAGGAUGUGACAUCAUGAUUCAGAUGCAUCAGACAGGUGACUUGAUUGAGGAACUAAAGAAAGUCGGAAUCACAUCAGCGUUACUCGAUGCACCCAAGGAAGAUGAACCAUCAAAAUGAUACUUAAAUAUUUUGGAGGAUACUUUUACUCUUGGACAAUUCAUGAAAACUGGAAAAUCCACUUUCAAGAAGCCAUAACUGAUGUGCUGUUUAAAUAGUAGGAAUAACAGUGAUAGUAUAUAAUCAUGUUUUUUUUUUAAGAUUUCAUAAUGCAGGUUACUGGUAUUCAUUUUACCUCUGCAAAAGUGUGGGGGCAUCUAGCUCUUAGUAAAGAAAUAUGGAAACUCGCACAAGUGUUUAUAGUGAUGGCAGUCUAUGGGCAUUUUGUUGCCUUAGAUUUGAGCUCUAAAUGAAAAAAAAAAUGAAUUAAAAGUAAUCCUUGUUAAGUCACUGACCUUACCUUUGAACAUUGAGGGGGUGGGGCAAAUAAUCCCUGGAGGUGUUUCUCCCAUGUAUUGUAUUGUACACUGCAAAGGGAGAGCACCCCCCCCCCCCUCUCAUCUGUAAGGUAGUGCCAACUAAUUGGAUGAGAUAUAGCCUAAUGCUUGGUGUAUUCACUUUCAUAAAAAUUUAACCAUUAAUAUCAAUUUUGGAUUCGAGAUAUUAUGAUUAUGACUCAAGUCUUGAUUUUUUUAGAUAACUUGUGCUUUUAGGGGCUUGUAACACUUUCAUCUCUGGUGCACAGCUAUAUUAACUGAUUAGCUGUCUUACUAUAUGCUUACUUGCUACAGGCUGUCUCGAGAAAAUGAGAUAAUAGAUUUCAUCAUGUGAGGUGAUAAAUGAAACAUGUACAUGUAUAUGAACAGUGUAGAGGGUGAUGGUGUCAUAUUUGUAUGAAAGUUCAUAUUUGUAUGAACGAGUCUGAUGUUGAAAUGAAUCAUCCAAAUUCAAUAUCGAGGAAGUAUCUCUACAAGGUUCUAAACUUGCCUCUUGUCAGAAGAUUAAUAUUGAAAGUGGAAAAAAAAACUUUAGCCAUUCGAUGAACUACCAUAUUUAAAUUGGAUGGAGUGCUUCUUUGCUGUGAGUAGAUAAAACUCCAGAUUAUUCUUUGAGGCUCAACAUAAAAUUUGCACCAAACUAUCAUUUUUGUUUAAGCAUAUUUAUGUGUUCCUGUCAAGCAGGAUAUGGAUUGUUCUAUACAAACAAAUUUGUAUUUUGUGAAUGAAUUCAUAAUAUUAAAUGGACAUAAACAAUGAUAUUCAGUU